GGUCAAAGGUUACAAACAAAAUGGCUGAACACAGUGAAGCCGCAUCCACUGUGUUGUAGGCAGCCGGACAGGGAGGUUAUAUUUGAAUGUUUCGAUGCGCGGGGACUGUUGCUGCCAUUGUGUGGACCUGUUCUCUUCUGUACAACACUCACUAUUACUCACGGCCGACUUAUAUUUGUGGAUACGUUGAUUGUGGUUGCAGUAAUAACACUGUGCAGCCGUCUCCGGGGGACACACACCGAAGCUGAAGCAGUCAUUACAGCGCUGGCUGCUGCAUCUGACUCCGACUCUCGUUGUUCUGUUACAUAUAACCUUUUUGUUAGUGUCCCCGCACAUUAGAGGACACCCUUUUUCACUUUUGCAUUCUGAUAAAUGUUUGAGCUUCCUGAAUCUGAAGCUAGCGAAGUAGCCCAACACGGCGCACCAUAACGGAGCAGUGGUUCGGCAUGUUGAAACUUCAGUCAAGACACAGCAGCAAACGAAGAUGAACAGGAAGAAGGAUAAAGGAUUUGAGAGCCCACGUCCCUUCAAACUGACCCAUCAGGUGGUGUGCAUCAACAACAUCAACUUCCAGAGGAAGUCUGUCAUCGGCUAUGUCGAGCUGACCAUUUUCCCCACAGUGGUGAACCUCAACCGGAUCAAGCUCAACAGUAAACAGUGCCGCAUCUACAGGGUUCGAGUCAAUGAGCUUGAAGCCCCGUUCAUCUACAAUGACCCCACGCUGGAGGUGUGCCACCAUGAGUCUAAGCAGAGGAAUCUCAACUAUUUCUCUAGUGCCUAUACAGCAGCAGUGAGUGCUGUGGACCCUGAUGCAGGACAUGGGGAGCUGGUCAUCAAAGUUCCCUCUGAGCUCUGGAAACAAGGAGAUGAUUUGAAGGUUUUAAAGGUGUACAUAGAAUUUUCCCUGGACCAGCCUAAAGGGGGUCUCCACUUUGUUGUUCCUGAUGUGGAGGGCAGUAUGGCGGAGAGAGGAGCUCAUGUGUUUUCUUUUGGAUACCAGAACUCCACCAGGUUCUGGUUUCCCUGCGUGGAUUCAUACUCAGAGCUGUGUACGUGGAAGCUGGAGUUCACCGUGGAUGCUUCCAUGGUGGCAGUGUCCUGUGGGGACCUGGUGGAGACCAUCUACACCCAUGACAUGAGGAAGAAGACUUUCCACUAUGUCCUCCCCAUUCCCACAGCGGCCCCUAACAUCUCCCUGGCUGUGGGGCCCUUUGAAAUCCUGGUAGACCCCUACAUGCAUGAGGUGACCCAUUUCUGCCUGCCGCAGCUGCUGCCGCUGCUCAAACACUCUAUGUCGUACCUGCAUGAGAUCUUUGAGUUCUAUGAAGAGAUCCUGACGUGCCGUUACCCUUACGCCUGCUUCAAGACUGUGUUUGUGGACGAGGCCUAUGUGCAAGUGUCCUCCUAUGCAUCCAUGAGCAUCUUUAGUACCAACCUGCUUCACAGUGCUAUGAUCAUAGACCAGACCCCACAGACUCGCCGCUGUCUGGCCCAGGCCCUGGCUCAGCAGUUCUUUGGCUGUUUCAUCUCCAGGAUGUCAUGGGCUGAUGAGUGGGUGCUGAAGGGAAUCUCAGGUUACAUCUACGGCCUCUACUUGAAGAAAACCUUUGGCGUCAAUGAGUAUCGCCACUGGAUAAAAGAGGAGCUGCAUAAGAUUGUGGACUAUGAGCUAAAGAUGGGAGGGGUUCUGCUGCACCCGACCUUCAGUGGAGGCAAAGAGAAAGACAAUCCAACUCCCCACCUCCACUUCUCAAUCAAGCACCCCCACACACUGUCCUGGGAGUACUACAAGAUGUUCCAGUGUAAGGCCCACCUGGUGAUGAGGCUGAUAGAGAACAGGAUCAGCAUGGAGUUCAUGUUGCAGGUUUUCAACAAGCUCCUGAGUCUGGCCAGUACGGCCUCAUCCCAGAAGUACCAGAGUCACAUGUGGAGCCAGAUGCUUCUGUCUACUCACGCUUUCCUCAAAUCCAUCUCCAACGUCUCUGGCAAAGACAUCGGCCCGCUCAUCAAACAAUGGGUAGACCAGAGCAGUGUGGUGAAAUUCUUUGGAAGUUUUGCCUUCAACAGGAAGAGGAACGUGCUGGAGCUGGAGAUCCGUCAAGACUACACGUCAUCUGGAACUCAGAAAUAUGUGGGUCCCAUCAAGGUGACAGUGCAGGAGUUGGACGGGUCCUUCAACCACACUCUGCAGAUAGAGGAGAACAGCCUCAAACAUGACAUCCCCUGCCACUCCAAGAGCAGACGAAACAAGAAAAAGAAGAUCCCUCUGAUGAAUGGAGAGGAGGUCGACAUGGAUCUGUCAGCUAUGGAUGCCGACUCUCCUCUCCUCUGGAUCCGGAUCGACCCAGACAUGUCCAUCCUGAGGAAGGUGGAGUUUGAACAGGCCGACUUCAUGUGGCAGUAUCAGCUACGCUAUGAGAGGGAUGUGGUUGCACAGGAGGAGGCUAUCUCAGCGCUGGAGAAGUUCCCAACUCCUGCCUCCAGACUGGCCCUGACUGACAUCCUGGAGCAAGAACAGUGUUUCUACAAAGUCCGCAUGCAGGCCUGCUUUUGUUUAGCCAGGAUAGCCAACGCCAUGGUGAGCACGUGGCAGGGCCCACCAGCCAUGAAGUCCCUGUUCACCAGGAUGUUCUGCUGUAAGAGCUGCCCCAACAUCGUAAAGACCAACAGCUUCAUCAACUUCCAGAGCUACUUCCUGCAAAAGACGAUGCCAGUUGCCAUGGCGUUGCUCAGAGAUGUCCAGAACCUCUGUCCCAAAGACGUCCUCAACUUUAUCCUGGACCUCAUCAAGUACAACGACAACAGAAAAAACAAAUUUUCAGACAACUACUACCGUGCAGAACUGAUUGAAGCACUGACCAAUUCCCUGACCCCAGCCAUCAGCAUCAACAACGAGGUGCGGACAGUGGACAAUUUAAAUGCCGACGUCCGGCUCAUCCUGGAGGAGAUCACCCGCUUCCUCAACAUGGAGAAACUGCUGCCGAGCUUCAGAAACACCAUCACUGUCAGUUGUCUGAGAGCAAUCCGUCAGCUUCAGAAGAACGGUCACAUCCCCAGCGACCCUUUACUCUUCAAGUCCUACGCUGAGUACGGACACUUCGUAGAUGUUCGCAUUGCUGCCCUGGAGGCUCUGGUGGACUAUACAAGAGUUGAAAGAAGUGCAGCAGAGCUGCAGUGGCUGCUCAUCAUGGUGCAGAAUGACCCGACUCAUUAUGUCAGACAUAAGAUCCUGGGGAUGCUAUGUAAGAAUCCACCGUUCACAAAGAUGACAGACUCGGCUCUGUGUAAUGAAGCGCUGGUCGACCAACUCUGGAAGCUCAUGAACUCAGGUACCUCACAUGACUGGCGGCUCCGAUGCGACGCUGUGAACCUCUACUACACACUGUUUGGUCUGACCCGUCCCUCCUGCCUGCCCCUGCCUGAACUGGGCCUCGUGCUCAACCUGAAGGAGAAGAAAGCUGUGCUCAACCCUACCAUCAAGCCCGAGCUCGGGGUCAGCACCGUCAUGGACACACCUGCCAGUAUAGGCAUCCACGGCGUUGGCAUGAGCUACUCAGCUGUGGAUGAAGAGCCAGAUCCUAUUUCAUUAGGGGUAUGCGGGGUGGGCCAACCACCUCAGGGCCUGAAGAGGAAGGCUGACACCCCACUGGGGUCCCCUCCAGAACCGGGACAGGUAUUGCAGCAACAGGAUGAUGAUGCAAGAGGAGGGCGCUACAAGAUCAGGUUUAACACCAUGGAAGAAGAAGAUAUUGAUAUGGAGACUGUUCAUGACAGUCAGGCCUUCAUCCACCAUCAUCUCAAUCUGUUAGAGAGACCCUCUACACCAGGUAAAGAGCCGCCGUCGGUCGAACAGUCUAUGCUCUCCAUGCCCGCCACGCCGGCGCCCUCCUUCUCUAAAGAGACCACCUCCUCAUCCUCUAAACAUGGCAGCGAGCACGGCCACCACCAUCACCACCACCACCACGAGCACAAGAAGAAGAAGAAGAAGCACAAACACAAACACAAGCACAAGCACAAACACGAAAGCAAAGACAAGGAGAAGGAGAGGGAGAGGGACAACUCGCACGCCUACAGCAACAGCCCCGCCAGCGGCAGGUCCUUGCGCUCGCCGUCUCUGUCUGACUAAACAUCUGGACAGAUGUUAACUGGAUACAUCCAUCUCACACUAGCAGACUCGGAUCCCUGUGUGACACAGUGGAAGAAAAAACGUUCGGUUUAACUAAAUAUUCAUGACUCAGUGAUGAAUGAAUGAGGACAAAGGUUUGGUGUUCCUCAGCAGAAACAGCAACAGGAAACAUGGACUGUAAACCCUCCAGAGGCGUCCUUGUGCCUUGUGUGUCUCACACACACACACACACACACACACACACACACACACACACACACACACACAGCAUGCAGGAGUUCGUGGGCACUGCUUCCAGGCCGUCUGGGGCAUGAAACCACACACCUCUCUCCACAAACAGUCUCAGCCGACCUCGUACGCCCGUCCCUGCUGCACAGACACCACUGUGGUGUGUCUCGUCCCCACAGCUGAAUCCCAACAUUCAGUGAGUGGCUUCUGAUGGGGGGGGGGCAGGAUCCAUCGUGGUGUGGAUUUAACCAUCCAAGACUGAAUUCAGCCCCCAGUGUCUUUAACAUCCUGCAAAUGAUAUUUCCCUAAACUAAACAAAGGAAUUUCACUGUACAAUUAAAACAAGUAAUACUAGUGUGUUUUUAAAUACUUUCUGUUUUCCAUCUGUCACCACUGAUUAAAGAUGCUGUUGUAUUUAUGAAUGUUUUAGCUCCAGCUCCACACAAGGCGUUUACAGCCAGGUUCACUCUGGCUCCGGUUCUGAGUUGUUGAGGUAUUUUUUUUUUAAACAAUGGAAUGAACAUAAAGAAUUCAGUAUUCACUGUAUAGAUAAACAUACUGGUAUCAAACCUGCGAUUCAGAUGGUUAAGAACGGGUUUCUUAUGUAAUCAGCCUUUGAAUCUCAUCUAGUUUUUUUCUACAUAGCACAAAUAAAUUCUUAAGUAAUCCCUGCCAACAUUUAUUCCCAUUUAGUUCAUGUGAGCGUUUUUAAUUCCUCUGUUGGUAUAACAAACUGUUAAAAUAGAAGACACACCAGUUUGUUUGUUCUUAAUUAACAACAAUAACCUGUUGAGAGCUGUGAGAUAUUAGUUACAGUACAAACUGAUACAGAUGUAGAGGAAAGACAGAGAGAACGGGUUAAAGAAGAGUCCAAAGGCAUUAUGGGAAAUUAAGGAUGCAACUUAUUUUAGGAACUUUGGGGCUCACAUUUUCUACAUUGUAAUCUCUGUUUAAAUUUUGCUGAUUUGUUUUUAUAAUAAAUUGGAUAAAAUGAA